AACCAAAUGGCACAAAGUGCUUUAGGGAUAGUUAAUCCCCUAGCCGCAGGGUAUUAUCAACGUCAACAAAGGAGCCAUAAAGGCAGGCAGAGUAUAAAACAAUUCCCCAACAGUCGGCGACUCCAGACUGCCAGACAUCAGCUGCUCGAGCUGUCGACCACAUCGAGUGUUCGGUUAAUCUUUGUGCUCCGCAACAUUUCCGCAAUGCCACGCCCAGUGCUGCUAAUCCACGGCGGAGCAGGCGACAUUUCCGACUCCAGAGUGGCGGGAAAGUUCGCGGGCAUCAAGCAGGCACUUCGCUCCGCCUGGCACAAGUUGAAUCCGGAGGAUGGAAGUCCUGGCAGCGCCUUGGAUGCCGUCGAGGAGGCGGUGAGGAGCAUGGAGCUGGACGAGAACUUCAACGCGGGCUACGGAUCUUGCCUGAACACCAGUGGCGAAGUGGAGAUGGAGGCCAGCUUGAUGGAGGGUCGCCAUCUGGGGGCAGGCUGCGUUACUCUGCUGCGGGAUGUGAUGCAUCCGAUAACGGCGGCUCGCCAGCUGAUGGAGAAGCAGCGACACACCUUCAUCGGCGGUGCAGCUGCUCAGGAAUUGGCCUUGGCGGGUGGACAAAGGCUGUUGCCACCGGGAGCCCUAAUCACCGAGGGUGCCCGCUUCACGCUGAAGGAGUUCCAGGACCAGGUGGCCCAGGGCAAGGAUCCCUUCUUUGCGCGCACAGAACUGGCGGAGGAUAAGGUGAAGGAACCGAAGACGGAUCCCAGUGGCGAGACCGUUGGCGCCGUGGCCAUCGAUGCCGAGGGUCACAUCGUGGUGGCCACUUCCACGGGUGGAAUCACCGGCAAGUGGCCAGGUCGCAUUGGCGACACUCCAAUCCUGGGCAGUGGAACCUAUGCGGAUGACUUCCGCGGCGGUGUUUCCACCACUGGUCACGGCGAGACCAUCAUGCGAUACAACCUAGCACAGCGCAUCCUGGCCGCCAUGGAGCACCUGGGCUUGUCCGCCCAGGCAGCCGCGGACAAGGAGUGCAAGGAGAUGACCCGCCGGCUGGGCGGCACUGGUGGUGCCAUCGUGGUCGGAAAGUCCGGUGACCUGGGCAUCAGCUUCACCUCGCACCGAAUGGCCUGGGGUUACGUUCAGGAUGGCACCAUCUUCUACGGCAUCGAAGGUCAAGUGGUGCACCAGGAACCCUUUAACGUUCCAUCUUAGGAUCUGCAACAAAAUAUUUAACUAAAUCUGAACGGCUUGCAAAUGCCUAACAAUUUCAGAAAAUGUCUUUAAAAGAAGAUAAAUAGGAUUUCUGUUUAUGGUUUUUUCCUAUUUAUUUUCAAGCACUAUUUACACAAUCAAACAUCAAUAAAUAAUGUUACUUAAGGUCUUCACUCAUAGACCAAAAUUGCACCUAUAAGAUUAACAUUUACAAGUUUAUUUACAAAAAUUCUAUCUAUUUACUAAUUUAUUAAAUCAUAUGCAGUUGAAGAGAG